AUGGCCAACACCACCAACAAGACAGACAUGGAUUUGGAGACGGAAGACGGCUAUGCCGCUCUCCUGGAACGGUUGAAAGCUGACUUGAUCAAAGCAGAACCAAGCAAAGGUCAACUUGUAACUGACUACCCAGAUCCUGAAGCUCUUGCCGAGGCAUUCCGACAGGAAGCUACGAAAAACAAAGGCACGCAAGAGGAGAAACCCGCCUACGUCACUCCGAUCCCAGAUCUCUACGAGCCAUGCCUAAUCCCCGAGAAGGACCUUGUACUGAUCCCCAUCUCUGACCUGAGACUCCAGACUCAUCACUGCGGUAAGAAGGUCUUGUUUCGGGUGAAGACCGCACCCGCUCGGGCUGCCGCUAUCAUGACCGUCGUGGAAGAUCAAGAAGGAACGGCAGUCCUUCUAUCGCUUUACCAUCAGCUCCAUGUUGACUUGUUGACCAUCAGACAUCCUGCUCAAGGUUCCAUAGCCAUCCUUAAAGAUCCCUUCUUCGAGACAAUAGCCGAAGAGGCUUACGCCCUGCAAGUCUACCACCCAAGCGACAUCAUCUGGCUGGAAGACCACGACGAGAGAAUCCCCGAGCAGUGGAGAGUCAACAGAGAGAUCACGAACAGCGCAGAGUAUCGCGCCGAGGGAGAAGAGCUCGCGAACAAGGAGCACUGGCUGCCCGCACUACACUCUUACACCUUGGCUAUUGAUACAGCAGUGUCACCAGAUGAGAAGCGGCAAGCACAUCUCGGCCGUUCCGAAGUCAAUCUCCGACUGGAUCGCCCUUAUCAGGCGAUGCGAGACGCUAUCGAAGGAGAUCACCCUACAGAUUGUACCGAGGAGUCCUUAAUUCUUCAAGCUCGCGCAUUCUACACCCUUGGAGAUUUCGAGGAGUGCCUACAGAAGCUUCGGGUUCUCACAGUGUUGUUUCCCAAGAGCGUGCUUGGUUUGAGCCUGAAGUCAACCGUCUCUAAAAGACUCAAGGAGCAGGAUGAUGGCGAGUACGCAUUUGAAGACAUGGUUGUUGAAGCUCAAGAGAGACCUCCACUGAUUGAAUGCGCCACCUUCUCCUCUCUUGUCGAGAUCCGCGACGCCCCUGGCCGAGGCAAGGGGCUCUUCCUUACCAAAGACGUAUCUGCUGGGGACUUGAUACUCUGCGAAAAGGCGUUCUCAUACUGUUUCAUGGAUAAAAAGAGUCAUAAGACAUAUCCCGUCUUAGCGAACGUGCCCUGUGAAGAAGCGAAAGGUGGUGGCGUUGUUCUCUUGUGGGCACAAGUUACCGAGAAGUUGUAUCACAACCCAGAACACAUUUAUACCAUCCAAGAACUCUUCCACGGCGACCACAAGAAGCUCCAGAUCACUGAAUGUGACGAAUGUCCUGUUGUUGACGGGUAA